AUGGCAGCGGCGGCGUCGUGGAGGCCAGAUGGCGGCGUCCUGGUCUUGUGGAGGCAGAUGGCAGCGGCGGCGUCAUGGAGGGAGAUGGCAGAGACUGAGAGCGGCUGGCGUCGAGGAGGGAGAUGGCGGCGGCGUCGGGCAGGCGGCAGGGAGAGUGAGGGUAGGCGGCGGCAGCAGGGAGAGUCGCGGCGGCAGCAGGGAGAGCGCGCGAUGGGGGUGGUCUCGCCGUCUCGCGAGUCGCAAUGCAAAGCAGCAGAGGAAUGGCAGAUCGAUUAUUCAAUUUAGGAGGAUUAGGGUUAGGGAACGUGGACACUGGACCUGCGUCGUUUUUGCUAAGGUUAGGAUGCGCUAGUUAGCCAGUUUAACCGGCGGGUAUUACUGUCGGUUAGCCGGUUAACUGGACUCUCCAACCCCGCUACCGAACACCGCCUGCGCCCUUAAUUUUCGGUUAGUCGGUUAACCGGUAAGCGCCUGUUAUCGUUUAAUCGGUCGGUUAACCGGCAACCGAUGACCGAACCUCCAGCCCUACUUUUCAUGUUGUUGAAUGUGGUUGAAUGUGCCAAUUCCAUUUCUUGGAAUCACGUUGACAGUGGGUUCUCAAGGGGGCAUCCUUAAUUUUCAUCAUGUUAUUAUGGAGACAGUAGCUUGGAUUAUCUUUUCAUGUUGGCGGUGGGUUAUUAAGAGAGUUGGGGACAAUAUCCUUCAUUUUGAUGUUGUUAAUUAUGGAGACAACAACUUUCUUUUCAUGUGGGCAGUUUAAUUGAAGUUUAAUUUUAGUAUUUUGUUCCAGUUGAUUUUGUAAUUGUUCCCAUAUUGAACGGGUAUAAACGGGUAGUUCGGAUACCCCUUAUCCGUCCCAUAUGGGUUAACGGGUACCCGUUUCCUGUCCGAGUAUGGGAUAUGGGAUGAACUUUGAUCUUCAAAUGGAAUUGGGUACCUGUUUCAAACGGGACGGUACCCAAUCCCGUCCGGUUUCCCACCCCUAGAUCUGUCCCUCCUCCAAAUCUGAAUCAAACGGUCCACAUCUUUUCCAAAAACAUCGGACGGCUCGUAAAUGAUCCUGCAUUAUAACCAUGGUCUAGGAUACCGGACCGGUCGGUUGAACCAAUAAAAUCAAAAAUCGGGCUAGAUUCGAAACGACAAGCUAAACAUGGGCAGAUUACCGUGCCGGCCGAUAUUUGCGGUGGAAUCGGCCUGCCGCGAAAUACCGGACGGUUCUGAUCAUGCCGUCGGUUCUGAUCUAAUCCUAAUUGAGAUAUCAUCUCUUCUGCUGCUACCGAAUCGACUCACCUAUCGGGGGUAGUAGCUCGCCACACUAGCCCCAGCAAAUAUACUCUUCGUUUUCUUCCCCCUGAUCUGUGUAGGUCGUCGCCAUAAGCCGUGUUUGUCGAUCUGCCUCUGCUAUGUUUUUCUCCCAGCCAGCGAUCCAUGUUCAUCGUUGGUCGUCUUCUCCUCACCUGCUCGUCGUCUUCCCCCGACCGUUCGUCUUUGUCGUCGUGGUCGUCGUCUUCAUUCCCGAUUCCACCGAGGUCGUCCAUAAGCAACCUCAAUAUAUUCUCUGCCAGCGACCUUCUGCUCUUCAAUCUCCGGAGACACCAUCACCCAACCAGGUUUGUUCCUUCUACCCGCUACGUGUAUCAUCAGUCAACAUGCCCGUCACUGGAACCUCGUUUGUCCCUUCCCCGCCAUCACACGCCUAUCCUUUCUCCCAUUCAAUUCUGAUCUCCAUUUCGCUUUUGCAGGUUUCUCAAUUGAUUAGUUGGUUUGCUGGGGCAAAAGAAAAUUGAUUAGUUUGA